AUGGCGACCCCUACGCUUCACGAUAAAGACGUCGAAGUCAGCCAGCCAUCAUCGAUCCUUCCCUCGGAAGCUUCGUCCGAGAUGGACGACACGUAUGAAGCGUACAAAAACAACGAAGGCAUCGGCAUCGAUCCUGUGGAGGCAAAGAAGACACUGAAAAAGAUAGACACCAGGAUUGUUCCGAUAUUGUUUUUCAUAUAUCUUUUGCAGUACCUCGACAAGAACGGAAUCAACUACGCAACUUCGUUUGGGUUACAAGAGGGCACCAAUCUCAAGGGCCAGGACUACUCAUGGUUGGGUAGCAUCUUCUAUUUCGGAUAUCUCUCCGGGCAGUAUCCGGCUGGGUAUUUGCUUCAGCGCCUCCCUAUCGCGAAAUUCAUUGGGUUCUGCACACUUGGGUGGGGUGUUAUUCUCAUCACCACACCAGCAUGUCACAACUUCGCUGGCAUGGCCGCAAAUCGCUUCCUUCUCGGUUUGCUGGAAUCCACGAUCAACCCGGGCUUCGUCUUGAUGAUGAGCAUGUGGUACACAUCACCCGAGCAACCUUUACGCCUAGAAGCGUACUAUUGCACUAACGGCAUCGCAACGAUGUUUGGCGGACUAAUCGGGUAUGCCGUGGGCCAUAUUACGACAGGACUGCCAAGGUGGAUGUAUGUGUUCAUCAUCUUCGGCUCCCUAAGUAUAGCGAUGGGCAUUGUCACUCUUAUCUUCCUUCCCGACCUUCCAACAACAGCCAAAUUCCUCACUGUAAGAGAGCGUGCUGUUGCCGUCGAACGCGUGGCAGGCAACAGACAGGGUGUCAAGAACAAGCAUUUCAAGAAAUACCAAGCAUGGCAAACACUAUACGACCCGAAGACUUGGAUCCUGUUCAUCAUGGCGGUAGGCGCCCAGAUCCCAAAUGCUGCUUUGACUUCCUUCACUUCCCUGAUCAUAAAAUCCUUCGGGGUAUCCACACUCGGCACCCAGUAUCUGCAGAUCCCCGGCGGUGCUGUGCAAUUCCUCGCUCUCCUCGCAGGCGGCUUUAUCUGCACGCACUUCCCCAACAGUCGGUGCAUCACCAUGACAGUCGCUAAUUUGAUAUGCAUCAUCGGCGCCGGUCUGCUCGUCGGUCUCCCAGACGACAACAAAUGGGGUCGUCUGGUUGCGCUGUGGAUGUGUUACUUCCAAGGACUGGGGUUUAGUAUUAGUCUGACCAUCGUGUCGAGUAACGUCGCGGGGUACACGAAGAAACAGCUCACAGGCGCGGCACUCUUCACAGGCUAUUGCGUAGGAAACAUCAUUGGGCCGCAGACAUUUAAGAGUAGUGAGGCGCCGGGUUAUAAGUCGGCGUACAUCGCGAUGCUCGUUGGAUAUACUGUCAAGCUUGUCGCUGUCCUCACGCUAUUCGCUUACAUGUGGUCUGUGAACAAGAGGCGCGACAGGGAGUCGGCGAGUGGAGCACGUCUGACGGAUGAGGAGGAGAAGGCUGCCGUGGAGGCGGGUAUGCAUGAUGUGACAGAGCUCGAUAAUAAGGGGUUCAGGUAUAUCCUCUGA